CGGCUACCCAGUAUACCAGAGUUUUUGAAGGGGUUCUCCUUCCCAUUCAUCACCUCCCUUCCUAUCUUCUUCUUCGUACGAAGACCAGAGUCUCUCACAAACAUCAUUGACAAAGGUCAGCGAGACUGAAACCCGAAAUAUGGGUUCUCUGGAUAACGUGGCAGACAAAGCAAUGGGCAGAGAAAAGCAAUUGGCAGAAGAACAAGACGAGCCCAUUCUGGAAGAACAAAACCAGAGGUUUUGCAUGUUCCCCAUUAAGUACAAGCAACUCUGGGAGAUGUACAAGAAGGCUGUCGCAAGUUUUUGGACUGCUGAAGAGGUUGAUCUCUCCCAGGACAUGCGGGAUUGUGAAACAUUGUCUGGUUCAGAGAAGCACUUUAUCAGUCAUGUGCUAGCGUUUUUUGCUGCUUCUGAUGGUAUUGUGUUGGAGAACUUGGGUGCAAGGUUUCUUAAUGAUGUCCAAGUUCCAGAGGCUAGAGCAUUUUAUGGAUUUCAGAUUGCAAUGGAGAACAUUCAUUCUGAAAUGUACAGUUUGCUUCUGGAGACUUACAUCAAGGACCCAAGUGAGAAACAUAGAUUGUUUAAUGCCGUAGAAAACAUUCCUUGUGUGGCCAGGAAGGCUAAGUGGGCGUUGGAUUGGAUCAACAGUUCCGAUUCGUUUGCAGAGAGACUAGUUGCUUUUGCUUGCGUUGAAGGAAUAUUCUUCUCCGGGAGCUUCUGUUCCAUUUUUUGGCUUAAAAAGUAUUGGGUUUGACAUUCUCAAAUGAACUGAUAUCCAGAGAUGAGGGACUGCACUGUGACUUUGCUUGCCUCUUGUAUAGUUUGUUACAGAAGCAACUUCAUUGGCAAAAGGUUCAUCAGAUCAUUGAUGCUUCAGUAGAAAUUGAAAUAGAGUUUGUAUGUGAUGCUCUCCCUUGUGCAUUGAUUGGCAUGAAUGCCGAGCUGAUGAGCCAGUACAUCAAGUUUGUUGCUGACCGGCUUUUGGUUGCUCUAGGCUACGAGAAGAAAUACAAAGUGGAAAACUCGUUUGAUUGGAUGGAAUUCAUAUCUUUGCAGGUGAUAUAGGUUUUCUUUUUAUAGUUUAGACACUACUUAAGGGACUACUUCUAACAUGGGGAUUCAACAACUUCCAUAUUGAAAUAUAUGCUAUGGUGGGAUGAGCUGGGGGAAAACAAACUUCUUCGAGAAAAGGGUAGGGGAGUACCAGAAGGCAUCUGUCAUGUCAAGUCUUCAAGAUGCGGGGAAGAACUUCGUCUUCAACAUGGAUGAGGAGUUCUAAUCUAAAGCACAUCACAGUUUAAUCUCAAAUCUAGUAUCUGCAUGCCAUCAAGUGUAUAGCUCCCCAUUCAUGGUUACAGGCUUCUGUCUAUACCCUACUUAUAUUUACAGUCACUUCUAAACUGGCAUAUGAUGUUAAGCCAUCUGUUAGUUCCUCUUGCAUUAUACUAUACAUAAUAUAAUGCACUUUUAAGUCACCAGUCCUCACUAUGAUUGUGUUCAAUGUGCAAUGAUACUGGUACAGCUAAUUAUGUGCACUAAGCGGCUGAUCUUUGACCUUUGAGAAUCUGUGGUUAUUAGAAAUUGAAUAAAGAAGCAUAUAAACCAGUCAUUUGUCCAGGUGUCUGUCUAAUUUCUCUUUUGGUUCUACAUGAAUGGCUAAUUGCAUUUGGCUGUGUACAAACAAG